AUGAUCAGCGAUGUCAAAGGGGAGUACCAUAAGGACCAGGAUAACUUUUCGGACGCGGUCACUUUCUGCUUUCCCACUAUCAAGAAACACGAUUUGCUGAUUACCGUAAACUUUUGGAACGCAUUUUCACUUUAUCUGGAUGACUUCCUAGAUAAGAAAACAGUGGACCAGGCUCACUAUGUUGCAUUAUGGAAAACCUACAUGGCUAACAAAGUAUCAACUGGGUCGGACUUUUUGGACAGGAUGUAUAACGUAUUGAGCGGGUGGUUGGACAGGGUGCUUACCCCCAAACUGAGACAGAUUCACGAUCAGUGGUUUGGGGAAUGGCUAUCAAUAUAUGAUAUGAUGGAGGAGAUUAAAGUAGGCAAGGGUAUUCCCACACUUGAACAAUACCAUGAUAUAAGAACAUUAGACGUUGGCUACAUAAUUAUGCAGAUUUUUAUAUACGCCUCUCUCGAGUUUGACCCUGAUGACUAUCCAGAAAUUAUCAAUAACCCCAAUUGGCACCUAUUCAACACGUGGUCAGUUCGCAACUUUUAUUACGCCAAUGAUGUCUACUCGAGCAAAAAAGAGACCAUGCAACAACAGGGCAAAUUCACCCUGAUCUACAUCAUUAUGCACAAUGAUAAAUGCGAUGCCCAGACAGCGUGCGAUAAAGUGGUGGCUAUGACACACGAGUCGUGGGAAAUGAUCUACAAAUAUGCAACUUUGUUGGCUGAGCUUGACAUACCUGCGCUCAAUGACUAUACCUACGGAAUUAUGUGCCUGCUUAAA